CAACGAGCCAUAUGCCUAUUGCUCACUCCUUGCCUCUCCAGAUCUAUAUACGUAGUCUGACCGUUGAUCCGACUCUGGCCUUGGGGCUACCGGUUGUUCGCGCCAGUCCAUCCCGCAACGCUUAUGAGCCAAAAAACGCGUGGGAACCGACUGCUGUGCGCGCUCGCCACCCCCGCCUCGCUUGGCCCCGCUUGUACCCUGCUGCCAUUUCGGGCUUCAACUUCCGGUCGCAGGUGGGAGACGCAGGAAGGACACGGACGAGCGCCAGCAUCGCAUCGACCCCCCUCGCCGACGGCUAGCGCACCGACAGUUCUCCUCUGUCUUCCGUCACCGCCUUUCCACCAAAAAACACCGCACCUUGCCGUCACCAGGAUCACCACCCACCACUGCACCGCCCUGAACAAUGUCCCUUCGGCACAGCCUCGCACGGACGUUAACCUCAUGUCGGGGCCCCGGGUGGGCGUCUACGAAGCAAUACACUUUACCAGCCCACCUCCAAUCAGUAUCAUCGCCACGAAUACUCCCAUUCUCGCGUCUUUCCCAGCCAUCAUACACCACCACCACAACACCCACUCCCACCCCAUCCACUACCCCACCACAAACCCCCCGCAUCCACUACGAAUCCUCCACCCCCUUCCUCACCCUCCCGCUCUCUUCAAACCCCGGCAGUCAAACAGUCUUCCGAAUCUCGCCCGCGCGGCCGCUAUCCUUGCUGCUGGAGCAGAUACGGGAGGAGGAUGAAGGGGUGCAGAGUGUUGGGGUGUAUGAUUUGGGGGCGGAAGGGCAGGGCGAGGGCGGUUUUCGGUGGGCUAGAUCAACAGCCGCCCGCCACAUCCUCCGCACCGCGACCCGCCACGGCGGGUUCGUCCUCUCCAUCAACGGACACCCGCACAAAGUCCUCGUCCCGACCGCCGACGAGCGCACGGCGCCGCUGAUGAGGGAGCUGGAUAAGGUUAUGGCGGAGCUUGGGCCGCUGGCGGAGACGAAGAGGAUGUUGGAUGAGAAGGCGCAUAAGACGGGGGUGAGGAUGGCGUGGGCUGGGUUGGCGGCGCUCUGUACGCAGUUUGGGUUGAUGGCAAGAUUGACAUGGUGGGAAUACAGCUGGGACGUCAUGGAACCCAUCAGCUACUUCCUCGGUGCUGGCACAGGAAUCCUCGGCUACAUGUUCUACGUCCUCACCUCCCGCGAAUACACCUACGAGACGCUCACGGAAGUGACCGUCACGCGCCACCAGAUGCGCGGGUACAAGCGCGCGAAAUUUGAUUAUGACCGGUAUCUGGAGCUCAAGGGGAGGGCGGAGAAGGUUAGGGAGGAGGUGGCGAGGGUUAGGGCGGAGUAUGUCGGGGAUGAGGGGUUGGAGGUGGGGCAUGGGGGGGUGGGAGUGCAGGGCAAAGAAGGGAGCGCGGUUGGGGUAGGUGUGGGUGGGUAA